AUGACAGAACCAAUGCCCCCAAUCGAGCAACGCACGCCCACAGAGCAGCACCAAAAACUCGGCAGCGACAACAUCACCGCCGAGCGCGUCUAUCUCCCCCGGAUAACCAUCAAAUACUGCACCCAGUGUAAAUGGAUGUUGCGGUCUGCCUACUUCGCCCAAGAACUCCUCUCAACCUUCAACACUGACCUCGGCGAAGUCGCACUAAUCCCCUCCACUGGCGGGGUCUUCACGGUUACCAUGUACCAUGCCUCUGAUGAGACGCUUACGACUAGCGAGACGGUGCUUUGGGAUCGGAAGGCGAAUGGGGGAUUUCCAGAGGUAAAACAACUCAAAGCUCUGGUGCGGAAUAUUGUCGACCCCUCGCGCUCGCUGGGACAUACUGAUCGGGCGCUGAGGGCGGCUAAUGUACCUACGCAGACGCAGAUUCAGACGCAGACGAGUGCGGAUGGAAAGAGAAGGUCUGUGUCGGGGGUGAGUCAGGAUAUGGAGAGUGGGAAUGCCAAUGCGAAUGUGCAUGGGAAGGAAAAGGAGAGCUGUGAGGAGUGUCAGUAA